CUGUCACUCAGGCGGAGACGGAGGCUUCGACUGGCUGAGAUGGCAGGGAAACCAAUUUAGCCCCGCCUUCCUUCGCGAAGGAGGAUUAGGUUGCGCCGCACUGGGUGGUGGUGGUGAUUACCGGGCCACAGGAGCGGCGGCGGCGGUUCAGCGUGAGGGGCGGGCAGCUCGGAGUCCUCGGCCCGGCUUGGCCCCGCGGAGGCCCCGGCCAUGGAGUCCUACGAUAUUAUCGCCAACCAGCCUGUGGUGAUUGACAACGGUUCCGGUGUGGUUAAGGCUGGUUUUGCUGGAGAUCAGAUCCCAAAAUACUGCUUCCCAAACUAUGUGGGUCGUCCGAAACACAUACGGGUUAUGGCUGGGGCACUAGAAGGAGAUCUCUUCAUUGGACCGAAAGCAGAGGAGCAUAGAGGAUUGUUAUCCAUCCGGUACCCCAUGGAACAUGGCAUCGUUCGGGACUGGAAUGACAUGGAGAGGAUCUGGCAGUAUGUUUAUUCCAAAGAUCAGCUGCAGACAUUCUCCGAAGAGCAUCCGGUUCUGCUGACAGAAGCCCCUCUAAACCCCAGCAAAAACCGGGAGAAGGCUGCUGAGGUUUUCUUUGAGACUUUCAACGUUCCAGCUCUCUUCAUCUCCAUGCAAGCUGUCCUCAGCCUCUACGCCACAGGCCGCACUACAGGGGUGGUGCUGGAUGCGGGGGAUGGAGUGACACAUGCGGUACCCAUCUACGAGGGCUUCGCCAUGCCUCACUCGAUCAUGCGGGUAGACAUUGCUGGGCGGGACGUUUCCCGUUACCUCCGCCUGCUGCUACGGAAAGAGGGCUACGACUUCCACACCUCAGCUGAGUUUGAAGUGGUGAAGACAAUAAAGGAGAGAGCUUGCUACUUGUCCAUCAACCCUCAGAAGGAUGAGGCUCUGGAGACGGAGAAGGUGCAGUACACGUUGCCUGAUGGAAGCACUUUAGAUGUUGGUCCAUCCCGGUUCCGAGCGCCUGAGCUGCUGUUCCAGCCGGACCUAAUAGGAGAUGAAAGCGAAGGGAUCCACGAAGUGCUGGCGUUCGCUAUCCAAAAAUCUGACAUGGACCUGAGGAGGACGCUGUUUGGGAACAUUGUCCUAUCUGGGGGAUCUACACUCUUUAAAGGUUUUGGGGACCGGCUCCUCAGCGAGGUGAAGAAACUCGCUCCAAAGGAUGUCAAAAUUAAGAUCUCUGCACCUCAGGAGAGAUUAUACUCCACAUGGAUUGGUGGCUCUAUUCUGGCAUCCCUGGACACAUUUAAGAAGAUGUGGGUAUCCAAGAAGGAAUACGAGGAGGACGGGACACGGGCCAUUCAUCGGAAGACGUUCUAGGGCAGGGGUGGGGGGGGCAGGGCAGCAGCAAAGCAGCUGGCAUCCGUGGGCAACUCAUCCAGGUUGUGUCUCCUCUUCACCCUUUGUUGUCCGGGGCUGCUCCCUCCCUGCUGGUUGGGGCCAAUUCCCGCCUUCUUCCUGGGCCUCACGCUUUUCCUGUCUUAGUGCCCUGUCUGAUGCAUGUUGCUUGCACACACACCCUUGAGAGGGAGGUGCAACUGUAUUUUGAGGUCUCGGCUGUGGUGGAGGAAGGCAGUGGCCCCAGCCAGGAAGGGACCGUAGAAGCUCCAUUCCACCUUCUGAUCUGUUCCAUAAGCCACACCACUGCUUCGACCUGGUACUAGUUGUACCUGUAAGCUGGUGGGAAGACUGGGGUUUCUCCCCCUUACCCGGGCAGAGACAGCUGUUGUAUGGCCUCCGCCUGCCCUGCGUUAGGGGGACAGGUGCCUGCUUGUUCAUUCUGCAGUUUGUUGAAGAAAACUUGGAAGUUCAGGGGUCCCAUAAAGAGGAAUCAACCUUAAGUUUGUUGAUGUGGCUGCUGGGGCAGUUGCAUUGCCUGCCUAAAGUAGGAGGAGGGCCUUGGCCUGGAGCUGCUAUCUUCCCCCUCUUGUGGCAGAGGGGCAGAUCUUCAAGUUCUGCAGCUUUCUGGGUGGGAACAUAUGCCAAGCAACCUGCAGCCUGCCUCUCGGAGAGGUCUCAGGACCUCAUUCAGGGCUGUCAGUGCCAAGGUGUCUCAGAGAGAGCUGAGGAACUGUUGCCUCAACAAAAUCCUGCCCCCCCCAAAUCCUCUCUUGGAGCUUCAUACACCGCCCCCGCUUCACCCUAUCAAAAGAAAAACCCAACAAUUUUUUUGUUAAGAAAUAGGAUCAUAGUGAUGGAGAUUCAAUUAUUUUCUUGGAAGGAAGAGGUUGCUUAAGUAUAGCUAGGGAAACAGGGCAGGGGCGUCCUCUUCCCCCCUUUGCCCUGUCCAGUCUCGGGAGUAAUGUUAGCUUUUGAGAUUCAGUUAGUUAGAAGCCUGUGAGACUGGAGGGGAUGGAGGCUUCCAGCAGUGGUGUCUUCUGGGCGUUGUGACUUGUACAGUGUGGCCUAGCCAGCUUAGAAGGAAGAAGCUGUUACUGCAAGAGAAUGUUGAGAACUGGUUGUUACACAAGACGGAAUGAGGAUGGCCACAUUUUAAGGGGGAUGUUUUCUCCUGGCCUGGCUCUCACCUGGAGUCUGAGUCAGGGAGGAGAGUGUUCAUGGGAGAGAUCAGGUGGGGGAGUGCCCCUCUUUUGAUCUACUAGUUAACAUACACACAUACAUAUCAAGCUGCCACUUUAUGUGUGAGCAGACAUGGUUGUGUCCUUCGCCUCUAGCUUGGCUCAUUUUAGUUAGGGAUUGCUUUCUUUUUUAGCACCUGUUGGGAAUAACUGCCCCUCUCAGUGGGCCAACCUCUCCUCACCUUAGGGAGUUUUGGGUAUGCCUUCUUGUGCAUGGCGGUCUCAAAUGCCCACAACUGUUGUGUUUGAAAGCUGCCAGGCCAUGCUGGGCAGGUAAAGAAUUACGCAGGGUGGGGCUUCAAUACCUUGGGGGUUUCCAUGGCAGCCAAAAUAUAUACAGCAGUUGAAAGGAUGGAGAGCUACUCAGUAGCCUUCUCCCGACUCCAGGUGCAUUACAGGGAAAGAUGCUGUUUGUAGCCUUGGACUGGAAAGGGUUAAAAAAUUAAUGGGAAUGAAUUUAAAAGAAACCCCUGAUGAGCGGUGGGCCCAUGGCUCCACCCCUCCAAGCGUGUGUGUGUAUUUUGGCUUCUCCAUCUUAUCCACCUACAGUGAUCUUAUACCAAAUGGAGGCAAGAGUACCCCCCCCCCCAAAAAAACACAACCCACCACUCUGGGCUGCAAUGUACAAUAACUUAACACAGUUGCCUGUAUUUUUAUUUUGUAAAUUCAUUAUAGUAAUUAUAAAUUAACAGCCAGUGGCUUUGCAUGGG